AAUUUUAGUAAAUUUAUUCCGGUUGGUGUGUAAACUGCUUUGUUUAAUAAUUGCGCGUGUGUUUGCGCUUAAAAAAUAUAUACAUAUGAAAGCGUGACGGAUAAAUUCCCCCGAAAUUGUGUUUAGAAAAGAGGAAAAUAAACAAUAUUAAUUUGUGUAAGAAUUGCGUUAAAGACUAAAAAAGAUUACAGCUGGUAAAGCAUUUGUGGCUCAUUGGAACCGCCUCAUAGUUUUGCUAAUAAGCACAAAGUAAAAAAAUCUCCAACAUAUAACAACGAAUAAGAAAUUGCCGACAAUCAUGAAUUGUUAUUGAAAAAAAGAAUUGGUGCAGCCUUUUGUGUUUCAAGGACUCCUUAAUUCAAUAACGACUUGAGUUUUUCGAAAGCAUUUAAUCGACGUAAGCUUUCUGUUGUAGAUAACAAGUGGGCAUGCGCGUGGAAAUGCUGCAUAUAAGCUGAUUUAAAUGUAAAUUAAAGUUCAAUAUACAAAUUACACAAUAAGUAAAUUGUAAAAAAAAGUAUUUUUAUUAUACAUUAAAUUUGUAUAUAAAGUGAUCGCCGCUGUGUGCGUGUUUGUAUACGUGUGCAGCCACCAUACAAAAAGUGUAGACAUAUCUGUGCUGUGCGCAGACGUGUUCGACUAAAUCGUUUGCAAAGUUCAUUCAAAAAUUUAUUCCCCUUAAAAUUGGCUAACGAAAUAUUAAGAAUAAAAGCCAGCAACAAUGGCCCGCCAUAUUAUGGCUGUGUGUGUAGUGUGUCUACUAUGUGCCGAUCGGAUACCUUGUCAGGAGCAUAUAAUAAAUGAUUAUGUGGUCAAUGGCGCAACGAAUGCGCAAUCAAAUCUCGAAUACCAGCAGUUAAAUUCCAGAGUGUAUGAGCGACCAGAUGCUCUGCGCUUUGGCUCCAAUCAACUAACUGCUGACAGCUACAAUCCUGCAGAUGAUGCAUUGGCUAAUACAAAUAAUUUACAUAACAAACCACAUCGAAGAAAACGACAUGCUGGGCAUGCUCACGGCGAAGAAACCACCAGUGUAAUGAUGCAUCGACCUGAAAUCACAGCUGAAUUCCUGCAGCGCAUAUUUAUUGAAUAUGGGCAUAAAGCAGAUGGCAAGCUUACGGUUGAUGAGUUUCAGCAAAUACUGAGAAGACUCGGUCUUAAUCAGUUAAUUGUAGGUGGUAGCGUAGAGCAAGAACAAGAACAAACCUCACCACACAGGCAUAAUGCUUCGGCGGAAACGGAGCAGGCGCCUAGUAAUGGCACAUGUGUUACCGAUGCGGCUCUAGUCCAUCAUGUCCAACCACAUAAGCUUUUCGAGCGCAUUCACGCACCUGCUGAACGCAGCCUGAAUUGUAGUGCAAAUAUCAAUGAUAGCAACGCUCCUGAUUGUGCGCAUGCGCAAGAAAAUCAAUUAAAAACCCAGCAUACGUUGCAACACACCCACUCCACCAAUUACACAAUAAGUAAAGACGAUAUGCUGCACCUGUGUCCCAUACUGCUGUAUCAAAUUGCCUCGCCACUGGCUGUCGAUCGCACAGGCUGCAUAGAUCCUGCGAUUUUGGAGCAUGUUGAAGAAUUUGAAGCGAGUCAAUUAGAAAACCAACAUGAGGAUAUCAUAUAUGUUUGGGUUUACGCAUUUGUUUCGGUUUUCGCCUGUGGCAUUUUGGGUCUAGUCGGUGUGGCAAUCAUACCAUUUAUGGAUUCGAGAUAUUAUAAAUACAUCAUACAAUAUUUUGUAGCGUUGGCUGUUGGUACAAUGACUGGCGAUGCGCUGUUGCAUUUACUACCACAUUCUCUCGCCGGCCAGAGUGAACAAAAUAUGAUACUUAAAGGACUCGCCUGUAUGAGUGGUAUAGUCUUCUUUUAUAUGACCGAACAUGGUCUCACCAUGAUUGCAGAAUGGCGCAAACGUAUAGCGAAAAGUGAUACAAAACAACAAUCACGCGCCAAAGUUGUACGUGAUCCCGACUCGUCGGUGAAUAACUCUGUUGCUGGUGAUAAAGUUUGUAAAUCCAAAUACAGCUCAUAUCCUUAUUGUUAUGAUGAAAUAGCUAUGGAUACGAAAAAUGAUAUGCAUUUGCCUGGCUCAAAAUUGAAUAAUAUAUCCGAUUUAUCAGGCGAUUUAAUGGGUGUUAGUAAUAAUAGUGUGGAACAACGUAAACGUAAUGGCAAAUCUGAUGCAGAUGCCAAUGAUGGCGUUGCACAAUCUCUUAUACCCAUGGUGUGGCAUCACAAUCAUCAAGAUCAUCAUCACCAUCAACAGACGCAACAGUCACAACAUAAUAUCCAUUUACCCGAUAGCAAUACAAUUUCAACAGAUUUGGAUGGGAAUUCAAUGGGUGGCGCUGGCGAUGGACAUAGUCAUGCUUUAGUUUAUAAUCCCACCGUGACGACAAAUGGCAAUACCAAAGAGCACUCGUUGGUCAGUGAUUCAGUGCCAACUGUGAUAUUGCGUGAGCAUGAAUCAUCCCAUCAUGGGCAUAGUCAUAAGCAUGGACAUGUGCAUUCGCCGCCAGAGUCGUUGAGCGCUGUUGUCUGGAUGAUUAUUAUGGGUGAUGGUUUGCAUAACUUCACCGAUGGCAUGGCUAUAGGCGCUGCAUUCGCUGAAAACAUUGCUGGUGGCUUUUCAACAUCGCUGGCGGUGUUUUGCCAUGAAUUACCACAUGAAUUGGGUGAUUUUGCAAUAUUGAUUAAAGCGGGCAUGUCUAUCAAAUCAGCAGUCUAUUAUAAUUUACUGACAAGUGUGCUUAGCUUCAUUGGUAUGAUAUUUGGAAUUGUCUUUGGUCAAUCGCCAAAUGUAGCACAAUGGAUGUUUGCCGUAGCUGCGGGUCUAUUUAUCUACAUUGCCUUAGUGGAUAUGAUGCCAGAAUUAUCAUCAGCACACAAGACACUCGAACAAUUUUUAUUGCAAAUACUUGGCAUGUGUACUGGCGUAGGCAUCAUGCUAUUGAUAGCAUUGUAUGAGGGUGAUUUGCUAAGCAUAUUUUCUUCUUCUUCAUCCGCCACAACAGCCUCUACGGCUCAUCAUCAGCAUUAA